AGAUCGUUUGAAAAUACGAACAAUAACAAACAUGAAAUAAAUUCCGUCAACAAAACUGCGUGGUCAAAUUUAUGCAAUUUGUGUAACUAGAAUUAAUAUCUGCGAGUAUUUUUCAUUAGCAAUAUUUAAGUUUGUAAAAAUAGUUUCGAGGCUAAAGUAUGUCACUCGUAAAGAUAAAAGAUGCCCCUACUGUUUGGAAGUACCUAAACGGGGUAGUCAAUUUGUAUAAGCCAGCAGGCCUCACGGUCCAACAAGUCCGCCGCACAAUCAUUGGAAACCUUUGCCGAGAUCUCAACCAACUCACAGUGCGACCACCUUUGCAACGUAUUGCCAUCGAGAGUGGUUCGGAUUCCGCUUACCAUGUUCGCACCAUCGAGGAUCUCUCCGAUAAUGUUCUUGUGGUGGGACCGCGCUAUCAAACAGACGACAUCAGAAUUAGGAUGAGCGCCAACCACGGUCGGCUGACCAGCGGAGUUUUGGUCGUAGGUAUCAACGAUGGCCUUACGCAGGCUUACCGAGUACAGCAGAAUCGUCCCUUGCGAGUAUACCGUGUUACCGGUUUCCUAGGCAAAGCUACCGAAACGCACUUUGGUGAUUCGCGGAUUAUUGGCAAAGCGACGGUAAAGCACAUCGGAAGCGAAAAAAUCGAACGGUUGUUGGCCUCUCUGCAAGCGUCCCACCAGAAGAAAAUGUUCGAGCUCUGCGGGGUGGAUGUGCAGUCGCAGGCUGCUUACGAUUUGGCUGUGAAAGGAACCAUUCGACCGUCGGAUACAUCACAGCCAAUGAUUUACGGAAUCCGGUUGGUGGAAUUUAGAAGGCCAUUUUUCAUCAUAGAAAUGCACGCCAUCAACGAAACGGAAGCCUACGUAGGGAAUCUUAUACAUGAGAUCGGCCUGAAUCUGAAAUCCGUGGCUCAUUGUGUUGGUAUUCGCUGCAUUCGUCAUGGGCACUUUGAGCUGAAGGAUUCGCUGCUUCGGAAGGAUUGGAACCUGCAGUGCAUCUUGGAUAGCAUGGCUCAAGCGAAUCAACUAUUCAAACGGCACCCGGAAAUGUUGCAGCAAACCAGUUCGGAACUUGUUGAUCUUGCCCAUACUGACCUGGACCAACCAAAUGAGUUCAAAUAAAGAUAGGAACGUGUGAAGUGAA